AUGGAUAACGGAAAAAUAUUCUUUGAAGACUCAUUUACGGGUACCCUAAAAGAGGAAGAGGUAUCUACUUCUGAUAAAGAUAAGAACCCUAAAUCUACAGAAAGUCCAUCGAAUAAGGCUGGACCAUCGGACAAACCUAAAUUAGGAAAAGCCAGUGCUUUUACACCUACCCGUGAAGUGGUUGUUAUAUUGGACGAAGCUGUUCCAGAUAAAAAGUCAACGGUUAAGGAAAUAGCAAAUAUAAUUAGAAAGUCUACUGAGAAGUCUGUAGAGUCUGAGAUUAUAGAAAUCGAAUCUGAAGAUUCACAAUUAUCCGAAAAAGCAUCGGAGACAGCUCAAAAUGUAAAGGAGAAUCAGGAAAAUCUUAAAGUGACGCAAGAAGAGCCAGUACAGCUUAUGGAAGUCGAUUCUGUGGAAACAGAAACAAGUUUCGAAAAGAAAAUACCGGUACAUAAAGUUAAAAGCGAAACUGAUAUUAAAGGUUCCAAUUCAGAAAAAGAUGAAUUAGAAACUGGAAAAUCUGUGUUAGACGCUGAUGGGAAAAGUUCUCUGUCCAUAUUGGCGCCACCAGCAACACCAAAACUAUUUUCACAAUUAGGUACCUCACUACCUAAAUCUUCCAAUCCAGAAAUAUCUUCAGUACCUUGUAGCAGUACCACCAUUCCCUCAGAAGUCAUGAUUGUUGAUGAAGAAACUAGAAUGAGCGCUGAAACUAAUAGCAGAGCUCAGACUCCAGCCAAGCAGGUUGUUACCUCAUCUGACAUAGUGGAAGAAUCACAAAGUUCAGUUCACAGUACUGGAACAACAGAAAGUGGGAAAACUCCUUCUAGACCUAGUAAAGCACCACGUUUGGAAGUACAAGAACCCGAUACCAAUGUGAUCACGGCUGAUCUCUUAUCCGAAUAUUAUUGGAAAGGAAACGGACCGUUUAUGCUGCAAGAACAAGUAGCUCAGUUCUUAGGUAUUAAGUCAUUCAAGAGAAAGUAUCCGGGAAUCAUGAGAAGAAUGCUGGAUAUGCAGGAGAGGGAUUAUAUACGAGAGCAAGGUCUUGCUUCAGAGAAUAUGUGUGACUUGGGCCUUACGGCUGUCAAUGCAGCUGACAUUUUAGACAUCAUGUAUACUGAUUUUCAAGAGAAAUAUGAAGAAUAUUGCAAACACCAAAGAGAUCGGCAGGCCAAGGAGUUGAUAAAUAAACAAAAGGCGUUGAGUCUGGCAGCAGCGCAGGAUAAAUGUAAGGCUGAUAUUACAGAGCAGGCUAUACAUUCAGCUGCGCAGUGGAACGCCAGGUUUAACAAGACAAGGAAAGAGACACGAAAGACUUGUAUGGAUUUACAAAAUCUCACUGUACAUUAUCCCAAAGGUAAAAUGGUACCAGCAGUACCUGCCCCUCAUCCAGGAAACUAUCCAGUUGCUUUAGUUCCAGGUCAAUUUGCAGAAUUUUACCAGGAAUUUACGCCUACUGAACUAAACAACUUACCAAUUAAUACAAUGUGUUAUAACGAAGUAACUUUCAUUCCCCGAGAAGAAUCGGAUGAUUCUAGUUCGGACGGUUCAGAAUCGGAUUCAGAUUCUUCCGGAUCAUCUAGUUCUAGCUCAGACUCAGAUUCGUCUUCUGGUUUCGAAGAUUGUAAGUUGUGUAAACAUUCUCCAAAGAAGGAACUAGAAAAAAAAUCCAAUAAAUGCAAGCAAGGAAAAGGAGAAGCUGACGAAUUAAUAGUAGAGACAACAAUUAAGGAUAAGGGCUCAAGUUUGCCAAAAGUUAUAGUAGCAGAAGACAUUGAUGUUUUAGUUAUUUUAACUGCCAGAGCUAAAGCUGAUGAAGAGAUUUAUUUUUUGAAACUUGGAAAACAAAAUGUUAACUCCGUGAUACAUUCUUCAAAAAGCGUAGAACUAAAUUAUCCAUGUACAGGAGUAUAUAUUCUAUUCUCUCAUUGUUUCUCUGGAUGUGACUCGACUUCUGCUUUUUGUAAUAAAGGGAAGAAAAAAAUUAUCGAUCUUCUAGCCAAAAGACCUGAUUUAAGAGAGAAGGUCGAUAUAUUUUAUAAUAAAGCCGCUGAUAUCGGAUGCCAUUUUAGAAGCUGGCAGGUACUGCACAAUAUUAUUGUACGAAAGUGCAAAAGAUGUAAAUAUGAGAAAACUACAACGCAUCAAAGACCUAUCAGCUUAUCUGGAACAUAUGCGUAA